GGUCUGGUGGUUCAGAGUAUUCUUCACGCAGUCUGUUUGUAAAUUGCUGUGGCCUUAGAGACAGCCACACAGGAUCACACCCCUCUUUUUGUCAUUUCCUCGGACCCCUGCUCUCCUGCUCAGUGUGAGCGGCACACAGUGUUCAGUUCUCGUAAAGCGAGAGUGCACAGCGCAUCCCAGCCAGUCCUCCUCCUCGCUCUCUGUUACUCGCAUCAGGAUGGAUCUACACUCCUAGCAGUGCACAAGUCUACUCAGACAGUUUGCAAGUUCGGCUCUCAUUUAGGAGUGAAACAGGGGCUGAAACUAACGUUUCUUCUCCCGCUAACAACAUUUAUUUCACCUCUGCGCUUCAACUUGGCUCUAACAUGAUGACAGCAACCGGGUUACUGUUGCGGCUUUUGAUCCUGCUCUGCUGUAUCUCCUCCGCAGCGGGCAAUAUGUUUGCAUUCACCGAGGAGCCCUCCGAGAGAGCCGGGAAGGGAGACGGGUAUUGUAGUCGGAUAUUACGGGCUCAGAGCAAUCGGAAGGAGGGCAACAAUGAGUUUCGCCUCCGCGUUGAAGGAGACCCGGAGAGCUAUCAGCCAGGGAGCACAUACAGAGUGACUCUGAUGGCAUCCACCCCCUCUUACUUUAGAGGCUUCACCCUUAUUGCCCUAAGAGAGGGUACAGACGGAGACAAUGAUGCUGACUACAUUGGAAAUUUCCAGAUAAUUGAUGAGGAGGAAACUCAGUUCAUGACCAACUGCCCCCCUGCUGUGACAGAGAGCACUCCUCGCAGACGCACCAGCAUCCAGGUGUUUUGGACUGCGCCCCCCAGUGGCUCUGGCUGUCUCGCCAUUAAGGCGAGUAUUGUGCAGAAGAGGAUAAUCUAUUUCCAGGAUGAAGGCUCACUCACGAAGCGAAUGUGUGAGAAAGAAUCCCUGUAUGGAGACGUUACAGAGAAACCUCUGCUCAACUGUUGUGCUUGCGGAACAGCAAAGUACAGAGUCACCUUCUUUGGGAACUGGUCAGAAAAGAGUCAUCCAAAAGACUACCCACGUCGUGCCAAUCACUGGUCAGCCCUCAUCGGUGCCUCCCACUCUAAGAAUUAUGUGCUGUGGGAAUACGGUGGCUUUUCUAGUGAUGGAGUUAAACAGGUUGCUGAGCUGGGAUCCCCCGUCAAAAUGGAGGAGGAGAUCAGACAAAAGGGUGAUGAUGUCCUGACAGUCAUCAAAAUGAAAGCACAGUGGCCGGCCUGGCAACCACUCAAUGUGCGGGCCGCCCCCUCAGCAGAGUUCUCUGUGGACCGGAGCCGUCACCUCAUGUCCUUCCUGACCAUGUUGGGGCCCAGUCCAGACUGGAACGUGGGUUUGUCAGCAGAGGAUUUGUGUACCAAGGAGUGUGGCUGGGUCCAAAGGGUGGUGCAGGACAUGAUUCCCUGGGAUGCAGGCACUGACAGCGGGGUGACUUAUGAGUCUCCCAACAAACCCAUUGAUAACAAGGAUAAGAUCCGUCCCCUGACCAGUCUGGAUCAUCCACAGAGCCCUUUCUAUGACCCUGAAGGGGGCGCCAUCACGCCUGUGGCCAGGGUCAUAGUGGAACGCAUUGCCAGAAAGGGAGAACAGUGCAACAUUGUGCCAGACAAUGUGGAUGACAUUGUAGCAGAUAUUGCCCAGGAGGAGAAAGAGGAAGACGACACACCUGAGACGUGUAUCUACUCCAACUGGUCUCCAUGGUCCGCCUGCAGCUCGGCCACUUGUGAAAAGGGAAAGCGGAUGAGGCAGAGGAUGCUAAAGGCCCAGUUGGACCUCAGUGUGCCUUGCCCACACACACAGGACUUUGAGCCCUGUAUGGGGCCCGGCUGCAGCGAUGAGGAGGCCUCCACCUGUCUGUUGUCGGAGUGGAUCAGCUGGUCUCCCUGUAGUUUGUCCUGCGGCAUGGGCACACGUUCCCGGGAGCGUUAUGUGAAGUACCCUGAUGAUGGCUCAGGCUGCUCCCUGCCCACAGAGGAGACAGACAACUGCGUGGUCAAUGAGGAAUGCUCUCCCAGCAGUUGUCUGGUUACAGAGUGGGGGGAGUGGGAUGUCUGCAGUGCCACUUGUGGUCUUGGCAUGAGGAGGAGAGAGCGCAUGGUGAAGACGCCUCCUGCAGAUGGCUCCAUUUGUGGGGCAGAGGUGCUAGAAGUUGAGAAGUGCAUGAUGCCAGAAUGUCAUACGAUCCCCUGCAUGCUGACUCCAUGGUCUGACUGGAGUGACUGCAGUGUGACUUGUGGGAAGGGUGAGAGGACCCGACAGCGCAUGCUUAAGUCUCCCGUAGAGCUGGGAGAGUGCACAGAAGAUUUAGAGCAGGUGGAAAAGUGCAUGCUGCCAGAGUGCCCCAUAGACUGUGUCAUGACAGAGUGGACUGAGUGGUCAGAGUGCAAUAAGUCCUGUGGUAAGGGUCAUACGAUCCGAACCCGCAUGGUGAAGCUGGAGCCUCAGUUUGGAGGAGACGCGUGUGCUGAAACCAUCCAGAGGAAGAAGUGCAAGAUCAGAAAGUGCACUCGAGGACAGGCCAACAGUGACGAGAAGAAACGCCGCAAAGAACAGCGUGAAAAGAGAAGGAGCACACAGGGCAAAGCUGAGGUCUCCACCGAGCACCCGGGUUGUAAAAUGAGGCCAUGGUCAGCUUGGACAGAUUGCACCAAGCUGUGUGGUGGAGGUAUUCAAGAACGACUCAUGACUGUAAAGCAGAGGUUUAAGACGGCCCAGCUGUCCAGCUGCAAGGACAGGAAGGAGAUCAGGGCCUGUAAUGUGCACCCCUGCUAGGGAGGAGAAGGGGAUCAGGGGUGUUGUGUAAGGGAGGGAGGGAGGACAGUGGGGCUGGAAACAGGACAGGGCAUGGCACACUGUUGCACAAUGAUCCAAUGCACUCUGUUAGGGCUGGAACGACACAUGCUUGAAUCAGUCUCGAUUAAAUCCAGAGCUCAGGUCGGUGAGACUAAACAAAGCUAAUCUCGCUGGAAAACUCUGGAUUCAAACCAGGCUGAUUCUUCUGUGCCUUCAAACUAGCUCUUAUAUACAUAAGACUCUUUUGCAAGAUUACUGUAAACUUGUUGUGGUACAAUGUGUCUUGAAAAAUAUAAUUAUGAAAUAUAAAUUGGUUUAAUAAUAAGAUAAAGAACUGUUAUAUCUUGUGGAUCCCUUAAGUAGUACAGUAUAUUCCAGAGGUUAAACCUUCAAAGCACAGGUGCCCAGCCAUUUCAGUGUUUUAUACGCAGUCAAUUGUUCAGUUGUUUCUAGGACACAAAAUGCCCAGUUGGCUUUUUACCCAGCUAUAUUGUUGUACAUGUAGAUGCACCACGGUUGAGAUAUAUAUAUAUAUGAUUUUGAGCAUCGUUAGAAGAGUUUGUUAUUUUUUUGCUGUGGAAUUUUUUGAUAAGAAUGUGUCCCAAGGUUCUUACCAAAGUCUUGCGUAGAUGUUUUCUGGAUGUAUUAUCCUCCUUUUCUUUAUCUCUGUUCCUCUAACAUAUUAAUAUUUUGGAAUAAUAUCAUCUUUACAAUAAAAGUAAAUGUGACAACUUG